AAUUUUACAGGGAGAUUUGGGUCCCUUUAAUCCUGGACUGCCUGUGGAAGUGCCUCUUUGGUUGGCUAUUAACCUAAAACAGAGACAGAAGUGUCGGCUAAUACCGCCUGAAUGGAUGGACGCUGUUUUUUCCAGUUACAGACUGACUCGACUACCUUUCUGAAGCUACUAAACAGGCAGUUCAUAGUACAAGAAAAGCUGGAGGAAAUUCGGGAUAAGGAGCGCAAAGAGGACACUUUCACUCCAAUGCCAAAUCCUUACUACAUGGAACUAACCAAGCUUCUGUUAAACUAUGCCUCAGACAGCAUCCCAAAAGCAGAUGAAAUUCGAACACUGGUUAAGGAUACCUGGGAUACGCGGCUAGCUAAACUACGUCUGUCUGCAGACAGCUUUGUCAGACAGCAGGAGGCCCAUGCCAAGCUGGAUAAUCUGACCUUGAUGGAGAUCAACACCACUGGGACUUUUCUUACUCAAGCCUUAGAUCACAUGUACAAGCUACGCACUAACCUUCAGCCGGGUGAGAGUGCCCAGUCCCAGGAUUUCUAAGACACCUUCUGACACACAGUCUAAAACCCUCCUGGGAUAGGGCAACCAUGCAGGUCGUGUACUUCUGUCAGCUGUAUCUAACUUAGUCUCUGUGGUGUUUGCCUCAAGACUGCAGUUUCCUUCCGUUUGUAUGCAAGCAAUGGAAAGAAAGCAGCCUUGUGGCUGCAUUU